AUGUCCCACUUUGACAAAAACCUCUCUUCCUCUUCCUCACAAGACGAUAUCUCCCUUUUUCUCCAUCAAAUUCUCCUCCGUUCUUCUUCCUCUUCCUCUUCCUCUUCCCAUCUCAUGCCUGGAUCCAUCCUAUCAAACCCACUUCAACAUGCAAACAUCUCACCCCUUCAUCCUACUACCAGACCAAACCCUUCCUCUUCUGUCGGAGGAGGACUCAGUGGUAACGACACUGAUGAAUAUGACUGUGAAAGUGAGGAGGGUGUUGAAGUGUUGACAGAAGAAGCUCCAACAAAAUCUGUACCUUCUAGGAGUUCUUCAAAGAGAAGUAGAGCAGCAGAAGUUCAUAAUUUGUCUGAAAAGAGAAGGAGGAGUAGGAUCAAUGAGAAAAUGAAGGCUUUACAAAAUCUGAUACCUAAUUCUAACAAGACUGAUAAGGCUUCAAUGCUAGAUGAAGCUAUUGAAUACCUUAAACAGCUUCAGCUUCAAGUACAGAUGCUGUCAUUGAAAAAUGGAUUAAGUUUGCACCCUAUGUGCUAUCCCGAAGGCUUGCAGCCUCUGUCGUUGUCUCGGUUGAGUAUGGAAUUGAGUGACGGAAACCGGUCUACCCCUUUAAACAUGACAUCUACUUUGCCUCAUCCUCAAGACAACAACCCUCUGCUCUAUGCAUCCAAUCUUCCUAACAAAAACACAUUGACGAGUCAGCCGUCGAUGUCCUCCUAUCCUUCGUAUGUUAACAAUGCAGAAACUUCUUUUGCGGUGGAAUCCCGAAUCCCAUCGCAUAAAAGACCUCUUCAACAAACUUCAGAGGCGGUACACGGUGAAGACAUGUUGCCGAACCAGACCCAGCAAUCAAAUGCAAUCUAUUCUGCUACCAAUCUAUUAGGUGGUUCUCAAGGUGUCGAAGAAUUUGAGUCAGGCAUGAUGGUUGCACCUUCUACUAACAACUCUUUGCAAACGUGUAUCGCCGGAAGAGACCAGUCAGGUGCGAUCAUGAGAAGUAGCGGGCCAAAUGCUAUAUUCACAUCGCAGUUAAGUAGCUAA